AUGGAUUCUGAUAUGGAUAUUCUGACGACGACGCACAGUUUAUACCAUUCCACGCUAGAGGGUCAUUGGAAUGAAGCUUUGACGAUAUACAAAAACAAGGUGAGUAUUAUUCACGAUAAACCGAUCAACAGCUACGGCGACACAGUGUUGCAUGUGGCGGUGAACGACCACAGGGAAGAUAUGGUGGAGAAUCUACUGAUGGAAAUCACGAGACUUGGGUCGUUGUCGGCGCUGAAAACAAAGAAUCAUCGAGGGGAUACCCCACUGCACUGUGCGGCGUCAAGAGGGUCCCUCGAGAUGUGCAAGUGCAUCGCCGAAGCUCAACGGGACACCCAACUGAUUGAAGCUCGCAACGAGAAAGGAGAGACUCCUCUCUUCUUGGCCGCUCUUCACGGCCAUAUGGAUGCUUUCCUUUACCUACACUCUCGUUGCCCCGACCCAAGUAGUGGCCUCUGGAAAAGAUCCAGCGAUGGAGAGACUAUCCUUCACUGCACCAUAGGCCGAGAACACUUUGGUUGGGUGGCAUUUGAAAUCAUUCAUCUUUACGGAAAGGACAUAGUGGGCUCUGUGGAUGAAAAGGGAGUUACUCCUCUCCAUAUCCUGGCCAAACAAACCUUCCGCCUUUGA